AUGCUCCGGUCCAUCCUGCUCGCCGCCGCCGCCGUGGGCGCGCGCGGCGGCCUCUUCUCGUCGAGCGAGCGCACCUGCGAGGUGGAGUCGUGCUCAACGUGAUGGACGCAGCGGCUGCCCGUGGCCGACCAGUUCGUGAAGAACGAGGACGGCGCGGAGUCCUACGGCUGCACGGUGAACUACAUCCCGCACCACCCGCCGGAGCUCGUCAUCAAGGCGAACGGCCGCGAGCAGGAGCGCAUCUCGCUCGAGCGCUUCCGGAACCCGAACGACAUCCGGCGGCUCAUGGAGAGCAAGGGCUUCGCGCAGACCGACGAGUACUUUAAAAAGCAGAAGGACAAGCGCGACGUCGAGUUCGUCGCGGGCCAGGAGGCCGACGUCUACUGGCUCGACGGCGACGGCGGCAAGCACCACAGCGGCAUCGCGGAGGUCGGCGCGCCGCUCAUGGUCUCGACGUACGUCGGCCACAACUUCGAGGUCCAGGACGGCUUCGGCGACCCCAUCAUCAUGUACACGGUGUCGGAGAAGGCGAGGCAACGAGUUAGCAUCCCGGCGGAGACGCCGGAGCUC